AUGUAUCACUACAUGGUGGAUGCACUUAAAGGAAAGCACGGCAAGGCCGACGGGCUCGUCGCUCGCAGCGAUCCCGCUGUCAUGGACUCUGAAGCGGCACGCAAUGCACGUCUCAGAGAGGAAGAGCAAGCUCAGCGAGUGCUGCACGAGCGCCGACGCGCCUACUCUGAUUUCAUGACCUGUACGCCACUUGGUCGUGUGCUGGCAGACCAGAUGCCGACAGUGGAGAGCAUGGCCACUGCACCCGCCACCACCUCUGCUGUUUCCCAGACAUCUACGUCUUUAGACACACGAGCCACGGGCACCUCUGUUUCUCUCGCGGCGGGAGGAGAGCGGUCGUCACCGACGGAAACUGGGCUGGCGCACACGAAGCUGGAGCUAAUCAUGUACGCGGUGCUCGCGCCCUUGCUCUCCCGUCGGACAGCCAUGAUGACACGACGAGUGCUGGAGCUGGUACCGCAGUCGGCGCCUGUAGCGCCUGAAGCCGCGCGUGACGAGCAGGUAAGCACAACCUUCACUCUGCCUCCUCCUCCUUCCCCUUGCCAGAGGCCGUUUAUCACCCUGGAAGAGGCCAGGGAAGCCCUGCUGCCAUUUCUGCUAGUGCUGGUGCAGCUCCGUCGUUGGCAAGCGUGCCUGACAUCGCUGUCCGCGACCCUCUCUUCAGAAGCCGCCGCUCGCAGCGAGAGCACCACCAGCGCCUCGGCUCAACUCGUAAAGGCCUUGCAGCAGCUCAGCCACGUUCUCGUCGCCAUAACCUGCGCAACAGAGUUGCAGGCGGCGGCUAUGCGCAGCCACCUCGACCUUCUCGGUGGCGAAGCCACCGCUUGUGUGGCCACGACGCUGCAGUGUCUCCGCUGCCUCACACGCGUGUGUGGGACAGAGGAGUUCUCGCUUCGGUCAGUGAGGACUCCCGCGGCAUCCGCGUCGACGGCGGAGUCGAUGCCGCGAGAAGGCGAGGAUGCGAUCGGAGGCGGUGACAGGCGAGACGCCACGAGCACGCGGCACCCUGUGUCUGCGGAGGUGGUGGAGAUACAAGCCUGUCGCCUCCUCUCUCUUCUCCUUUACUGGUUACACGUGGUACACGACAUCUCGACUCCUUCCCUGGCCAUCGAGGAGCUUUUCCUCACUUCUUCCACAGCUCGGUUUAACGCAUACGCUGCAACGGUGGCAACCGCGAAAGGUGCAACCACGGGCACUGCAGAGGCGGAGGCGGAGGAGGUGCGCCGAUGCACCGGCCUAAGCAAUGCAGCCCUCCUCCGUCAGACCGACCCCGCGCCCUCUUGUGUUCCACUCGCAAUGCUGUCGCUGUCGGCGAGCGACGCGAGCGGUGGUAGUGGGGGAGACAAGUCCUCAAGCGAGGGCUCCUCGCCUCCCCUAGCAUCCUCAAGCGACGUUGCAGGCUCCUUGACUGCUCUUCUUGUGUUCGCGUCAAAGGGUGUCUUCGAACAUGCACAGCCGAGCAGUGAAGCGCACACGGUAAUGAUCGAGGGGCUUGCAGUUGAGGAGGACUCCGAUCUCGGCCUCAUCUUUGUGCUGACCUCCCGCCUGCUGCGCGACAUGUUUGUUGCUGGUGCCUCACCGCACCCGGCGCAGGUGACAAAAGCGACUGACCCGCUGCAGAGCGCUCUUAGCCUCCUCCUCGCUCGCUUCAUCGCUGGUGACCGGAACCCGUCGACGCAACGCGCUCUGGCGAAGAAGACAGAGGCAUCACAAUCCACUAGUCUUCGAAGCUGCGGUGCUCAACAGCACCUCGACGCGACCGCGGACGUCAGCUUCCCCAAACGGAGCUCGCUGGCCUCCACGUCGCGGCCACCGUCACCUGCGCGUAGCCGCUGCAGUAGCAGAGCUUCGACUCUGUCAGAGCAAUCGGGGCGUCUGACGCGGCAGCUGCGUUUACUUGGGCAGCUUUCGUGCGGCCUCGUGCUGCUGACGGCGCUUUUUAAGCAGAAUGCGACGACCGUUUUGGACAUCAUGGACCACUCCUUCUUCUUCGACGCACUCGUGACGGCGCUACAGGUGGUGGGCUUUCGUUUCACGGAGCCUUCACCCCAGGGAGCGAUGGCGGUGAGGGCCUUAGACGCUGCCGGCCGGCGAGACUCAGAUGCGUGGGCGGACUGGGUGCGUAGUGUCGAUACCGUCGCGGCGCAGGGGACGGCUGCGGAGGGCAUGUCAGUCCUCCUUAACCACGCGCUCGGGUGCUCGUCGCAGUUUUCCUUGACCCUGCUCUCGAGCAACCCUUAUGUGGAUGAGUUUCUGCAUGCCUACCUUGGCUUGCUGGCUGCAUGUCGUGUUGUACGCUCGACUCCCUCGGCAUUUAUUGCACCAACACUGCGAGGCAUGCUACUAGGCAGCAAUGGCGCCAUCACCGCGUCGGUGCGUGAAAUUCGUGCGCUUGACACCCUCGACCAACUGGAGCUUACCCUUGUAAAGACGUUCUUAACCGCGUACCCCACGUCGACCGAGGACGCCGCUCCUGCUGCCACUGCCCCCGACGCCGCCAUGGAGCUCUCCAUCACGCUCCCACCAUCUCCAGAGCAGCACUCCACCAACUCAGAAUCCAUUGAUGCGUUCCACCACAGCGGUGACAUGAGUGGCAACGGCUCCUUGACGUUUCCCUUUGCGUCCUGCAUCUAUAACCUUCUUCUCAAGCACGCGCUGUGGUGCCUUGGCGAGCAAGAGCGACGCCGCGGCCAGCCCCUCCCGCCGCCCCCACCAUCUUUAACGCCACCUCAGGCGCCAGCGCCACCUCAGCAGCACCAUCUCGCGCCUCCGCUGCUGCAGUCGUCCGUGCCCUCUGCCGUACUGCGCCUAUCCCCCGACACCCCCGCCUCCACGGCGACGAACACGCCGCGGCUGGUAGCGCAGCCACCGCCCACUCAUCCGCCCGUCUCCCCAACAUUAUCAUCGUCAAUCAUCACGCCCGCAAGCUUGCAGCAAAGCGCUGCAGCCCCGCUUCCGGGUCACAGCAGCCUUGCCGCUAUCACGGGCACCGGCAGCAGCGACGAUGACCCUUUCGUUCUGUUUUUGGUGCGCCACGGCCUCCUCCGUAUCCUGCUCCAAGACGAACACUUUGCAUCUGCCUUCGCCUUGGUCGAGUCGACGGCCGCCGUCGACGCUGCCGACUCUCGUCAGGGGCGCAGCUGCGAUGAAGGGGCGGCAGACAGGGCCACCACGUCUUGGCAACGCUCCUACCUUGUCCUGUACCUUCUCUCGCACUUCCUGCAGCUGCGCCCCUGUGACGCUGACUCGAGCGACGGUGAACAGCUCGCACCGCCCGCCGGUGCGCAGGGAGGCGGCGCUUCUGUGGAUCCGAAUGCUUCACGCCUCCGCGCUUGCAGCCGUAAUAGCAGCAACAGGGCGCUCUCCGCUGAUGAGCAGCAACUGGCACAGGAAACGACAGAGGCGUUGAUGAUGGUCUUGCGGGUAUCCUCUGCGUCGGUUUCACCUCCCUGCUGCGCGGUUGCGCACUGUCGGCGUCGCCGCUGGUGCAACUGCCUUCUAGCACUCUUAAGUGCUGCAACCGCGGCGCCCGGCGCGGCGAGCGCGAAGACGACUCCAGCCGCGGCGGCAGCGGUGUGUGAGGCGCUUGUUCGGGCUGGAGGCGUCGAAUAUUUUCUACGCACUGCCGCCGUCGCGGCUGAUGCAGACGCCGCAGGCCAGCCCGCCAACACCGUCUCCUAUGCCUGGGCGAUACAGGCGGCACGAAGUCUCGUCAACGACUCGACAGCUUCUGUUCACAUGGCAACGAACUGCGCAGAGUCGCUGCUGCUGCCGCUGCUGUGGCAUCCUUUGCUGCGCUCGGAUGGGCAGCGGCUGCUGGAGGGCCUCUUGUGUCAACCGCUUGUCGGCUCGAGCGCGACUGUGGGCAUAAACGUGGACAUGAGAAAGCUAUCAUUGUCGAUGGUGUCGUCCAGCGGGAGGGUUGGAAUCGACAGCGCUGCAGCCGAUGUGCACGCAGUGCCGUGGCACUGCCGGAAGCUCUGCGAGAGUGUCUGGCGAACGCUAUGCGACUGCGUGAACGGCUCUGGAGUGGGGAGCAGUGGCGUUGAGAUGCCGGACACCAUCACAUCUGGGCCGCGCGCCGUUUCCGCGACGAACGCCGAUGAAGGGGCGCGCCAGGCUGUUCUGCGUACUGUACUGGGAGCACUGGAGACUGCGUUUCGAAGACUGAGUGGGCAGCGAUUCUCUGACGCCGGUGAGCAUUCCGGCGAGUUGCUGCCGCUUCGCACGUUGCAGAGGGCCCUGUUCGAGGCGAGCAAGGACGGUGGGCCGCACAUAUACGAACUUCUUCUGCAUCAACUCGCCCAAUCGUGGAAACCGGUGAAUAACCUUGGCACACCACCACGACCGCCUCCACUGAACAAAGCGGAUUUAGAGGAGGUGGCGCUUUCGCUUCCGUUUCCGGAUCCCAUUCUCAUCGCGGCAUCCGAUGCACCCAGUGCGCCAGACACCUCGCCAGCGGAGGCUACGGAGGCAUCAGCAGACGCUGUCGCCGCCUGUCGUGCCGCACGCGAGAUGGUGCGGUUGAUCGUCAUCGCGCUCGUCGGCAUGACGUUGGCGAACCCGUCGCAGCGCGAGGUUCUGUACCGCGCCACCGUCGACGAAGAGGUGCUGGUGAACUGCAUUGCUAACGCGUGGGGCACGACAGGUGGCAUCGGGGUGCUCCCAUUUUCCCGCUCCAUGAGCAAAGGCGAUGCGUGUGGAAUGGUGCGGGUGUGCUCGUACCUCAUUUACGAAUCGGUGGACGCCGUGGAUGCCUUCUUCGAUGACGACGAUGAAAGCGGCUGCAGCCAUGAUGCGUCGUGGGCGUGGUCUCUGCAGAAUCCGAUGUUGUUGGCUGCCGUGCUGCGCUGCUUUACCCGUCUGGCGUCGUUGACGGAGGAUCAGCAGGCGGCGCUGCACAGGCUGCUGGUCUCUCUCACCCGAACGGUAGAGAGCUGCUACGCCAGUCUCUACCUGGCCGCCAGCUCAGCCGUGCACGAUGUGCUGGCGCAGCUGCUGCCGGUGGUUGCACUUCUGCCAGAGCCUGCAGCACUGCGGUUUUCCUCGUCUAUCAAAACGGAGGCCGUGAUUCCCCGGCUCGACGCCGUGCUCGUUCGCCUUCUUGCUGCGCUUACCCACUGCCACAUCGACGCGCGGCAGCUGAAGCAGCUGCUGCUGCUGGUGAUUCACUCAAGGCACCAGCGCGACCGCAGAGCGCUCGUACCGCUGGUUCUGCAGUUGCUGAGCGAGGCUGUCCAGCCGCCCCUUAAUAUGACACUUUUUCACGCGGUCCGCCGCGACCCACAACACUUCGUCAGCCUCCACCGCGGGCGCGGCCCUGCUGGGUUCUGCGCUGCAUUACCCGACUUCCCUCUUGAGGGCUAUUCGGUAUCCCUCAACCUGCGGUGGGAGGGCAAUGUGACCUCGCGGGAUGUGGCAGGGCAGACUGCCGGCGGAGGCGCGACGUUGCGCCAGUACGACGGCUGUGCCUGCAUCUUCUCCCUCCGUACCGCCGAUCGCACGACGCUGCUGGCGUUCAUGGUGGAGCGAGGGACGGGGCGCCUUUUCGUGCAGUAUCGUAAUCUGCAGCAUCAGGAGCUUCGCGUGUACCUGGCGGCGUCGCUGCUGCCGCGAGAGUGGACACAUCUGUGCGUGUCUCAUCGAGCGGCGGCUUUCUUGACGGCAACGGCCGGCGGUCAGCUCACGUUGUUUGUGAACGGUGCCGAGGCGGCAGUGAUCCCACAGGUGGCUUACCCUCUCAUGUCACGCGGGUACCUCUACGUGGGAUGCCUCGGCCACGAGGUGGACAGGGCCAGUGUGGCGCACGCUUUUUACGGCCAGGUGUCCACAGCGUACUUCUUUCCGUACGUGCUGCCUGAGCGCGAACGUGAGGUGAUGCAGACGGCAGUGGGUGUGACGGACACCGCGGCGUGGAUGUUGUCGUCGUCAACUGUCACGAUUCCGCCACUGCGCCCCGUCUCAUUCGCACCUGGGCGUCGUCCUGGCUCAUCCGCGCCGGAGAGCGCCGCCGACGUGGACGGCGCCGAGCAGUGGCUGGCUGGCCGGGCCGUCGUCUGCGUCGACACACGGCUGAGUGACCGGGGUCAUCUCUACAAUCUAUCUGCCGUGUUGCGUGGCCGCACUGGCCGUGAAAGCCGCUUGUUCACUCUGGAAGGGUCCCUCGUAUGCAGUACGCAGCGCCUAGUAGACUCGAUGGGGGUGUUGGGGGCGCUUCCAAGCGUGCUGAUGCCACUCUGCGUCUUGUUGGUGAAUCCAAAUCUCCCCAUCUCCUCUCGCAGCUUAGCUGCUGCGGCGCCGAUCGGCAGCCUUAACCAAAGAGAGCCAGGCCUACCGCCCUUCUCGUCGCUCGGCGCGGCCGACGUCAGUGCUAGCAAAGCAAGCGACAAGAUCAAUGCCACCGUGCUGCGAGUGCUAGACUUGGUGCCGCCGCUGGCUUCUGCAGAGGCGAUUCGAAACGAAAUGGCCGAGGCACGUUUUUUUGUUUUCCUUGGCCAGGUACUGCAGCUACUAGGUCCUUCGCUGCAGGUGGUGGUGCCGGCCGCUUUCGUGCAGCUACUCGAGGCUCUCGCCCCGUUCCCGCGACUCUUCGAGGACGCCUUGACAAACUUGUUUCUCUCUGCUGACGUGAUCCGGGCUGCCCCGCGCGCGGUGCAACUGACCUGGGUGAAAGUACAGCGCUUUUUCCUGAGUGCACACCCUGAUGCGUUGCCUUGCCUGCGCACCCUAGGCACAUCCAUGUUUGUCGCGGCGGAGCUGCUGCGCGUGACGGCGGAGGAGGCGAGUGCGGAAGAGUUGACGCAGGAGGACACCCUGGUGCCGGCCCAAACACAGGAUGUUGUGACGCAACCGUUACGCUCGCCUUCCUUGACCACCUCGCGUCCCAUCUCGGCCGUUCCUAGCGAUGUCUCAGGGGCGCACUCGUCGGCCACGAUCUCCCCCUUCUCGCCUUCUUCAACGCGACCGCCACCGCCACCGCCAUCGCCGCCUUUGUGCUCGCUGCAGGACCUGGAGAACCAGUGGAUGGCCUACUUCGAGGCACUCACCGUUGCUCCCGUCACCCUUGGUGAUGCGGAAGCUUUGCAGUACUUUGUCGGGAAUUUGCACUUGACGUGCCCCAAGGCUUCUGUUCAGUUGCGCCUCCUGCGUCGCGUGCGCCAGCUUCUCGUGACGAGCAACACCCCGUAUCUGGUCCAGCUACUGGGGCGCAGGAACUACGUUGUGAGCCUGAUGCCAUACCUCACCUCCACAUCCUCCGAGGCAGUGCGGCUUGAAGCGCUCCUGCAGGUUCUCUUCAUGGUGUUCCGCUCGAAGCGCACGCAGGAGUUGAUGAACCCGGUGCUGUUGGCGAGCAAGGACACAGUUGUGCACGUCGUCGAGGAAGUGUCGCUGUCGUGGCUAAAGGAUGUGCUGCAGCAGUUUCCAGUGAACCUGCCGGUGUACCUGGCGCUGCGCUGCGGCUUAGUGGAGCGCUUCGACGUGCUGACCCUUCCUACCCAGUACGCGCCCCUGGAUGAGUCGCACACGAUUCGGUUUGCGGCGGUGCUUCUGCCACUGCUGAUGCUGAUGAAGCGCAGCACCGACACGAAGCUCAAGGGAUACGUACUAACGGACAUGGCGGUGUUGCUCAAGAGCGACGCCCAGGCCUGGCGACGCGUGAUUACGGUUCGCGGCUGGUACGUGUCAGUGGUUGGCCUCUUCGGGCCCUCGUGCGCGUCGUCGCCGGUAUCUGCGCCCUCCUCGCUUCCGGAAGGCCGGGCCUACCAGGAGUCGAGUGUGCCAGGCCCAGUGAGUUCCCCAACGAUCCCUGCAGACUCUGCCGUGGGCGAAAGAGUGCAGCCAGAGGGGUCCGAGCUCGCCUUUACGACCAUCUCCAUGAUUCUUUCCUACACCAUCUACCAGGUGCUGUUGCACGAGGCGUACGGGGUGACGGAGCUGGAGCUUGUGGUGGCGUACCUGCGGGAGCAACGCCUGCAUCGUCUCCUGCAUCAGUUACUGUGUAGGGUUGCUGACCGCUACCGCAGCCGCUUGAUGACGCCGUGGCGUGGGGAGCGGCGAGGCGGCACGGGCGACAGCGACGGACCGGGCGCCUCACGGCCGUCGAACGGCUGUGCGUUCUUAGGGCUUGGCAGCGCCACCGCCGUUGUGAACCUGUGCCAUUUCCUUCGCGUGGUUGAGGUUGUUCUCUUCUACGCCGGUUUGGCUCCGAGGCGCAAGGAGGCAAUAAUGGCCCCCGUGAAGCCCGCCGUGUCGCCGUUCACGCCAGCCGGGGCCGCGUCGGGCGGGGAGGAAUUCGGCACAUACCUACCUGUUCGUGUCGGGUACACGGAGUGGGAGCAGCUGACGUUGGUGCGGUCGGCAGAUGACCCGCCCGGCGGCGUCGCGGAAAGUGACGUGUACUAUGCUGGGGAGGUGGACGACCCCCACGGCAACGUGAGGCGCGCUGUUCUCCGUAGCCCAGACGACCGAUGGCUGCACCUUCCGCUCGCUGUCAAGUGCGCGGAGCUGUUGUGCAGCCACAGUGCCUUGCUGCAUCUCGGCAGCAACGGCAACACCACUAGCCUUUCUGUCGGUGGUGCCGGCUCGGUCGUUGGGUCAGGCAGCGCGGGGAGUAGCGGGCCAGGGGAUCUGCUGUGGUCGGUGGUACUUGGCGCGUCCGCCGGCACGGGUGUCGACAACAGUCCCACUAGCCCCAAGGCCGGUGGGGUAGGCGGGGUCGGGUUCGGCGCAGGUGGCGGGAGCCCCACUCCGGUGGUAUUCAGAGGCGGUAUGCUUCGCCUGUUUGGCAGACUCUUCAAAGUGCUAUGCCAAAUGACACUGCGCUCCGGCACGGCCCUGAGCAGCGUGGUGGAGCUCACGGACGCGUUUGUGCGCCACGUAGACCGGGGACAGCGCGGCAGCGGCUUUCUGUUGCUCAAGCGCGCUGUGAACGCCGAGGACGCGCGCGAGCAUUCCCCAAUCGCGACUACAAUGACGCUCAUUUACUGUGUGCACAACCUCCUUCUGCGGCGCCUCCACGCUGCCGAAUACGGCAAUACCUCAACCCACUUCAACGCCAACGCCGCCCUUGUGGAUCGCCUCAAAUCGCUCGUGGUGAUGUUUCGGUACUCCUUCGAGCAGCUGUCGGCGUUCGCGUCCUCUCCGAGCAGACGCGGCGUUCACUCCUCUGUUUUUCGCCAGUCCUCUCUUCUGGCGGCGGCUGCAUGGUUCACACGUGGUGGCCACGAAGAUUCUGAUGGGGACCGCAACAGCGGCCGCAACAGCACCGCAAGCUGUGCGCGGUCCAACUUGACUUACCUCGACGACCUCACAGGCGAAACGCUCACAGCUGGCGUGCCUACACUGCAGUGGCUCUGCGACCACCGAGCCAACCCACGCCGCACCGUCGAAGCCUUCGCGGAGGUGGCGUCGCGUGUGGACUACAACGCCUUUGCGGAGCGGUGCCUUCUCGCCGCCGAGCGGGAGCAGUCGACCGACAAGGCGCUAGCCGCCAGACUCUGGUCAGAGCAGCGGGGGUCGCUGCGUCGGCUGCAGGAACUCUUUGCGGAGAACAGCAUGUCUCGUAGGCUCGUCCACGACAAAAUCCGAACACUCAUGACCGCCUUCAACUCCCAAAAAACGACCGGCGCCGCUGGCGAUACGGACAGCGACGCUGGCGCCGCGGACCUCGAAGGACAGAGCAGUGCGCACACUGACGGCUUCGCCACUGAAUCCUUCACGAGUCUCUUCUUGCCGAGUGCCGCGCGGCGGGCCACCGCCGCGGCGCGGGCCAACGCGUGGGCGCGCUUCACUGUUGCGCUACGCGGCACCGUCUGGUGUGCUGACGCGGCCGGUCUGCACAACACCCUCAAGUACGUGAAGCUCUCCUCACAGGAGCAGCAGUUCUUGGUGCAUCGCAAGCUGGUCUUCGACCGCGACGGCACAAACUACUGUGGGAAGGCAAUGUCCUUCUACUCAGCUCCGACUUCGCCGCUUUGCGACGACGUGUCGUCGGCCCAUGUGACCAGCUUCGGAGCCAUGUCCGCUUUCCUGGGAGACGAGGGAGAUAGCGCUGGAGGUCACACUUUCGGCGGCAGCAUGAACGCCAGCACGAGCCGCGCCUCGUACCUCCGUCUCCGCGGAGGCGAAGGUGUGCUGCUGCAAGCGAUUGAUGACGACGACGCCGGGUUCGAGGAGGAGAUGAUGAACCUCAGCCUCGACGACAGGGGGGACGUGUCCACGGCGGCGGCGGCCUCGGUCAGCGAGUGCCCACUCCUGUGGGAGGAGGCUGCACCGCUGUCGAAGGGCGUCGACCCAGCACCAACUUCUAAGGUCGACGACUUCUCUGCUGCCCCGUCGCUCCUUUCGGUUCCGUGCGAGGUGCCGUACAUGAUGCACUGCUGGAGCGGCAGCUUCACCGUGCGCGGCUCGGAAGUGAUUGUGCUCAUCGACGACGACAACAAGGCGUACAACCAAGUGGUGGCUGAGGAGGCGAGGGCGUACGUGCUGCGUCCGCACCCCUUCAGUUUCCAUCUCAGUCACAUCACGCAGAUCGCCCCGGCCCGCCGUUUCCGCAUGCGCCGUACCGCGCUCGAGAUUUGGACACGUGACCGACGCAGCUGCUUUGUCAAUUUUGCCGACACCGCCACCAUGAACGCGGCGCUGCAGGCGGUGCGAUGCGGGGAGCGAAGCAGCUACAUGCUUACGGCGCCGUCGUUUCUACGCGACGCGCCCGGUGCGGCCACCGCGGCGCUGCCAACCCUAUUUCGCGAGAGCACCGGCGGCGGCGUCCUCCGGCACAGCGCGUACGUGCUGCAGGAGAACCCGCGCCGAGAGCCGCUGCGCUUGCGGGCCACAGCGCUGUGGCGCAACCGCCUGCUGUCGAACUUCGACUACCUCCUCGUGCUGAACCUGUUGGCGGGGCGAACGUUGAACGACAUGACGCAGUAUCCCGUGUUUCCAUGGAUUCUCUCCGACUACACGAGUGAGACGCUUGACCUGACCAACCCGGAGACGUUCCGCGACUUGUCCCUGCCGAUGGGCGCCUGCGGCAACGGCGACCGCCGUGAACUGGUGCGGCAGCGCUACAUGGAAAUGCGAAGCCUUGGCGACGUCCCGUCCCACUACUUCACGCACUACAGUUCCCCCGCCAUCACGCUCUAUUUCCUCGUCCGCCUGCCGCCCUUCACGACACUCUCGAUUCUCCUGCAGGGCGGUCAUUUCGACCACGCGGAUCGCAUGUUUCAUUCCAUGCAAGCCACCUUCAGGGCAGUCAUGACAAGUACCCAGGAUGUGCGGGAGCUGAUCCCAGAGCUCUACUACUUGCCGGAGCUGUGCAUCAAUGAGAACCACGUCGACUUUGGGCGGCGGCAGGACCGCACCACGAUGGACGACCUGCAGCUUCCGCCAUGGGCGCACAACGACCCGUUCACGUUUGUCUACCGCAUGCGCGAGGCGCUCGAGAGCGCGCACGUGUCGGCCCACCUGCACGAGUGGAUCGAUCUCAUCUUUGGGUACAAGCAGCGCGGCAAGGACGCAAUUGACGCGCUGAAUGUGUUCAACUGGCACUCCUACGAGGAUCUUGACCUCAACCGGGAGGCCGGCCCCGGUGAUCAGCAGCUCCUCGUGGACUCGCUUGAUAACAUUGGCCAAACUCCCAUCCAGCUGUUCCGUCGCCCACACCAACCGCGACUGCCGUUGGAGUGGACCGACCCGCUGCAACUCUCGAUCCGAGUGAAGGUCAUGACGCUGCGCUGGGGCUGCGCACGAGUGGCGCGGACGACGGUGGUGUCGACGGACAGAGUGCUGGUGGUGGCCGGAAGUGGUGCCGCGGCCUUGCUGCGCAUACACCUGACCCCGAUUCGCCAAUCGUUGGUGCUGCAGAGGGCGGCGGCGACUCCUCCUGCGGCGUCACCGCCUCACGCUGCAGCGUCGACCGCCGCGGCGUCGCAGUUGCAGCGUGCGUCUGUCGGGGACGGCUUCGCCGCCUCCGCCCCAUCGCAGGCCGAGAUGACUGCUACGCACGCGUCCAGUCAUGUGAACGUCACCGCGGCUGCAGUGCCAGGCCACCCGGCGCCUCCUGUUGCGGUGACACCCCUCAUGAAUGAUCCCGCGCCACCCGCCAUGGAUAGCGGCAGCUUCGACGUCAGCGAGGAGUACGAGCGGCGCCUUGCGCCCAUUCCAGCCGGUGUCAUUCCGAACAACUCUGCAUACGCGGACGGCUCCUGCACGGAGGCGAGCACGGCUUUGCUGUGCUACGACAGCGAAGUGUUCCUGGUGCUUGGUGGCCUCUUUGACAACUCUGUCGUGAUUCGCUCUCUCUCGGGUGCGGGUGGCGAUGUGCGACUGCAUGUGCACCGCGGGCGCGUCGUCUUUGUCGCACGCAGUGAGGAUAGCCGCUAUCUCGUGACAGGUGCCGAGGACACCACCUUCGCUGUGUGGUCCUGCCAGCUUCAACCGGCGCGGCAGCGGUUGGGGGCGACGCUGCUCUUCACGAUCCACGGCCACGAGGGCAUGCCGUCCGCGGUGGACGUGAGCAGCAUGCUGGACGUCGUCGCCACCGCCUCUGUCAACGGUACCUUAAUGCUGCACUCGCUGAGCACCGGGGGACUGGACCGUGUCAUUCGACACCCGUACGGUGCGCCCAUCCACCGCGUGCUCCUGCAAACGAUGUGCUACGUGCCAAACAUCGUGUUCCUCUCGCACCAAGAUGAGAAAGUGUACCAGUACAGCCUGAACGGUGCUGCGCUGCGCACUUUUUCGCCACCAGGUCGAGUGACGACGUGGGCCGCGACAGGGAGCCAGUGUCUUCUUAUCGCGUGUCAGCCCCUUGCCUGCGUGCACGGCGGCAGCAGCGCUUCGGCGCCUGGCGGCGGUCCGCACGAUGGCGAUCAGACAUCGUGCAUUUUGUACUUGCACUCCUUUUUCUUGGACGUGCUCAAGACGGUACCGGUGCGAGCCAAGGACGUCGUGUCCAGCGUCUCGGUACAUCCAUCGAACCCGCAGGUGGUGGUGGCGGGCACGGAGUCCGGGCGAUUGUUGCUGCUGCGCUCCGUCCUGGUGUAG